AUGGGGUUGAGAUCUGAGUCUGGGCAUGUUGUUUCCAAGGUGGAGGGGAAGUGUAAAACAAUUUUGGAGGAAGUUAAGACGGAUAAAAGUAGUCAAAAAAGUCCACUUUUUGAGCAAGCUGAAUUGUUACGAGAUGAUGGUACAAGACUUUUGCAGGCUGCGAGUAAGGCUAAGCAGGCGGUUGAGGAUGAAGUCACUAAGGCCUUGAAGUCUGUUGUGAGGAUGGACGAUGAUCUCAAGAAGGAUUUGAGGAGUGUGAAAGAGAAGAUUAAAGGAGGGAUAGAGAGUGUGAUUGACAACUUGGAAGUUAUGAAGUUGGGUGAGAAUGUGAAGAGUGAUUUGGGGGAGUUGAAGAGAAGAAUUGAGGAGCUCAACCAGAAUGAUAAGCUUGUUACGGAUAAGUUGAAGGCGCUUUCAAAUGAAAAGACGACGAAACUAGAUACAGUUGUUAACCGUAUUAAAGAUGAGACAGAUAAGAAGCUUGUUGACAACUUCAACAAGCAUAUCAAGGCUCCGCUUAACGAAAAAGUCAGUGCAGUUGAUACGGCGAUUGGGAAGCUUGGCGGGAAGUUUACUAAAGAUGAGGGCAGCGAAGCGCCGAAGGAUUUUAACGGAAUUUUCGGGCAUAUUAAAGACAGGGUUUGGGAGAUUAAGGGGAGUAAGGGAACGCCACAAAAUGGUUGGCAAAUUGAUGGUGCCACAGGUCUGACAGGCAUCGCACAGGGACUGACAAAGUAUUAUGAAGCGUUCAGCGGGCGUGCCUUCGGGAACAGCAUAGUGAAAGGCUGGCUGGAGAAGAGUAUUUUCGAAUUCCACGUAUCUCUGCGGAAACAGCUUGCGUGGGGGGACACGGACGGUAGGGACAGCUACCACACCCAUCUGGGUACUGCCAUCAGUAGUAGGCUGAACGCUCAGUAUCUUGAACCCGGUGACGCCCACUUCGAUGACUUCCAACAAGUUUUUAGCAGUUUGAAGUCCACCCCUAGGAGCACCUUGGCGGACAAAAUUCAAUACGUCCAGGAGCAUUGCGAAAAAUUCGCCGACCUGAUAGAUAAGAAAUUGAAGGACAAUCGGAGCGGUGAUACUGUCGCUGAGAUAGUCAAGAUUGUCAAGGAGGCGGGGAAGGAUGGUGUCGGGGCGUAUGGACAAAAAGCAAAGGACUUCAAGAAUGCCGUAGCAAAGGCCGUCAAAGAAUGCAAAUGUAGCUGCAGCAACUGCAAUGGUCCCAAAACUCCAGAAGGUUGCGCGCAGUGCACGGACCCAAAAUGCGUAGUCUCGCAAAUCGUGGAGUCCUCCCUCUCCACUCUUUCCACCGCCUCAAGGCAGGUGAGCGAGGAGCUUCAUUCAGUGCUGCUGGGCAAGGGGACCGGAUCGAUAAACAUCGCAGACCUGUUGGAUAAAGCCAAAAAAGCAACUGACGAUCUUCACGGUCAACUUGACAAUGCGACCAAAAAUUCCACACCUCCCACCCCCGAACCAGGCACAGCGCAAGCCGUGGACACUGCGAUCGGCGGAGUGAAGAGCUUUGUUAAUGGGAGUGGAACAGGGCAAAAUGAUCUGACAAAUAUAUUCACUGGCCAAGUUAAAAAUGAACUUCAACAGAAAGUUGAUCAACUUCCCGGCGCCGUUUCCACUUUCAACCAACAAGCCGAAGCACAGAUCAGGGAUGCAGCCAGGACGGCUAUUACAGAGGCGGCUAAAAUAAUCAGUGAGGAUGGUCAUGAUCCUGACGUUAAGAAACUGAUGACUAAUUUCCACGGUGUUUACGAUCCGAUUAAAAAUGGUCUUGAAAAACAACUUCAAGGAAAAGUUGAUGACCACAUUGGGGAGGAUGAUCCGCCAAGUCCGCCAGGUGGUCAAGGUGGUGAGCAAAAGGUUAAACUUAAUACAGAUCAUUUUGAUAAAUAUAUUAAGCACGUUGUGCCAGAUAAAGUGUCUGCUGUAGGUGGUUUAAAAGGCGAACAAGACGAAGGCCGUCUUCCAGAGGCGAUCGGGAACAUCAAGACUGAGGUGUACGAUGCUUUGAAAAUGAUUGAGCCAAGCCCAACUGACAAUGGAAAUAAAAUAGAUAAAAAUACCUUCACCGUUCCGUUCGAGACAAUUACGACACAGCAUGACGCUAUCAAGGAAUUGGUUGAGAAUAAGCAGGGGACAGAUUAG